AAAUAACACUAAUAUACCAACAUUAAAAUGUAUUUACUAUUAACAAAAUAUAAAUUCCCAACACGUAUUUCGAAACUAUAAAAAUCUCUCUUAAAGGAAAAAUCAUUUGUUAAAUUAAUGAGCCGAUAAAUAAAAAAAAGUAAAUGGAUAAUUUGUUCAAACGAUUUAGUUUAUUUCUUGUCUGAUCAAGUCGUCAACUGAUUCCCGCCAAAGAACGACCUGAUGAGAGAUUUCCUCGCAGCCUGUUAUCAGUUCCAAUAAAACAAUUUUUUUCAAAUCGACGAGACUUUUUUAUUCUAAUAUAAUUUAUAUUUUAAUUGUAUUAUAUUGUAAAUCUGUCGACAUGGAUUACAUAGAUCCUGAAGAAGAGUUCGAACUCGUCUACGGAGAUGAGAUGGAGGCGAUGCGCGAGAUGGAGGAGGAUUUUGAACCACCAAGCACAAUUUUCCCACCACCAAAAUCUAAAAGGAGUCUGGAUUUUAAUGAGCCUUCGACAUCAACAGAAGGAGUGACUACUACCAAAAAACCCAAUACUCAAAAUGACCUAGUUAAAGAGCCAAAUUUGGACGAGUGCUUGCUUCUUGAUAACUCAUUUAGUGCUCAAUCUUCGAACAAUUCUUUAGAAUGUCUGCCCCUUCAAAAUUACAGCAAGAGGACUGUCAGCGAACUAUUUGGUGAUCUUGAUGACAUGGAUGACAUUGACGAUUUAAACGAGCAAUUUUCAAAGAAGAGGAGAAUCGAGACAAACAGAUCCAAAGAGGAAAAACAAGACUUACUUAUUGAGGCUAUAAAGAAACAAAGGAAACUAAUUUCCGAUGAAAGAAGUUUUAUAGAAACUGACAAUUCACAACGAAUAGAAAAGAAAAUUGAAGACUGUAUGAGUCGCAAUGUACCAAAAUGGCCUUUUAUUGCCACCACUGACAGUAAUGGCCAACGUAUAUAUUUGAGGGUUCACUCGGAUGAAUACAUUUCAAAUCAGUUUCAGAAUUCUCAAUCUGCAUAUAAAAAAACUGGCCUGCUGAAUAUACCAUAUGAUAUUUUGAAAGAAGCUGCAUUUAAGGAGAGGAAAAGGAAACAAGAAAGAAUUGCUCUAGAGGCCAAAAAAGAUAUUGAGAUAGUUGAAAACGCAGGAAAAGAUCUUUGGGUUGAAAGAUAUAAACCAAAAAUCUAUCUAGAAUUAUUAAGUGAUGAGUCUACAAAUCGAACUCUCCUUCAUUGGCUGAAACUUUGGGAUAAAGUUGUUUUUGACAGGGAACCGAUUAUGAUAAAGAAAAUGGACCAGAUAAAGAAAAAAGAGCUGUUCGAUGAAUUCGGCAGACCCAUGCAGAAAAUAGCUUUGCUGUGUGGCCCUCCUGGGUUGGGGAAGACCACCCUGGCUCAUAUGAUUGCCCGACAAGCAGGUUACAAUAUUGUUGAAGUCAAUGCGAGUGAUGACAGGAGCGCCCAAGUCUUCAAAGUACAACUCGACGCUGCAACACAAAUGAAAUCUGUAAUGGGUGUCAAUCCUAAACCAAAUUGUUUAAUUCUUGAUGAAAUUGACGGUGCUCCACAAGCAGCAAUUGAGGUCCUAGUCAAAUUUAUCAAUGAAAAACAAGAUAAAAAAAAGAAAAAGAAAAGUUUUGGAAUUCUAAAACGGCCUAUUAUCUGCAUAUGUAAUGAUAUUUAUGUACCAGCUUUAAGGCCUUUGAGGCAAAUAGCUUACACAUUAAAUUUCCCACCAUUAUCAUCUGUAAGGCUUGGUGAAAGGUUAAUGGAGAUUGCAAAAUCUGAGAAGAUUAUUUCAGAUCUAGGAACUAUGAUGGCGCUGAGUGAAAAAACAAAUAAUGACAUCAGGUCUUGCUUGUCAGUUUUGCAUUGUCUUAAAUCGAAGGGCGAACGGGUGACAUUGAGCCAGGUCCAGGCAGCAAACGUUGGUAUAAAAGAUGUACAACAAGGAUUGUUUACAGUUUGGCAGAAAAUAUUUCACAUCAAGCUUAACAGAAAAAACCAGAAGAUAGAAAACUCAGAUUGCAAUGUCCCCCUCUUAAAAAAAAGACUACAAGAAGUCCUGACUGCGGUUCAAAGCUACAGUGACUAUGACACCCUUGCAAUGGGUGUCUUUGAGAAUUUUCUAAAUUUAAAACCCAAGGAUUCAUCUCUAAAGCCGGUGGUUCAGUCUCUAAGGUGGUUUUGUUUUCAUGACAUGAUGACCAGCUCUAUCCACUCAACUCAAAACUAUGCCCUUUAUCCUUACCUACCGUACUCAUUUGUUUUUUGGAAUUUGGCACUUGCAACAAUACGCUGGCCAAAGCUGAGCUAUCCUUCAACACCAUACGAGAUGAAUCAGAAGCAGAAAAGGUUCGCCCAUAUUCUCGAGUUCGCACACGUAGGAAUGCCUCCGCAUCUCCAAGCUUACCAGAACAAAGAUAUGCUUCUUCUCGACGUCAUUCCAUACCUAAUCCACCUCAUUGUACCGAAUUUAAGGCCGGUUGGUGUCCAGCUGUACACACCGAAGGAACGCGCCGAGCUGGACAGGGUUGUGCAGAUUAUGGCUGACUAUAAUGUGAACUACACUCAAGAAAGGACGAUGGAGGGCAACUACGUCUUCAACCUAGACCCGAACAUCGAAGACAUUGGUAUCUUCGGCGAAAGGCCAAGAGAACGGAUCUUCGGUUACACGGGUAAGCAGCUGCUCGCCAAAGAGGUCGAAGCUGAAAAACUGAGACGAGCACGCGACAAUUUUCACGGUAGCGAAAAACCCUCAGAAUUAAAGGAAAAAACAUCCAAAGCUAACAACGAUGGUGCAGAGAAAGUGGAAGAAAAGCAGCCUGCUUCACCCGCAAUACCCAACUAUCUGCAGAAACUGACGCCGAAAGCUCUGAAAACUAAAGUCGAGUCGAAAGCGAAGGACUUCUUUGGACGGGUGGUUGAAAAGAAUCUCAACAACGUUAAGGACAAAGCCGGAACGGAUGAUAUUGUCAAAAGUGACAUUUGGUUUCACUUCAAAGAAGGAUACAACAACGCCGUCAGGAAGAACGUAUACAUGUCGGAUCUUCUCUAACGAGUAACUAGGUAUUUCCUCUACUUCUUCGAGUUUAUUGCAGUGCGGAUGACAGCGAAUUUAUAUUUUAUCUCGUAUUCAAGGUCUUAUGUAUACAAAGCUGCCAGAUGUUAUUGUAUAAUAUGUAAAUAAUGUAAAUAUAAUUUGUAUAAAAUAAGUUUUUCUUAAUAAUU